AUGGCUGCAACUGCAAUGGAGCAAUCAUCAUCUAUAAGCUUCACAUCUUCUCACUUAUCUAACCCUCCUCCUACUGUUACUAAUCACCAAUCAGCUGCUAAUCUUGAAGCUGCUAGCUUAAUCAAGCUCAGUUCCAACUUGGAGCAGCUUCUCACUAACUCAGAUUGCGAUUAUACUGACGCAGAGAUCAUCGUCGAAGAAGAAGCUCACCCAGUGGGUGUUCAUAGAUGCGUGUUAGCUGCUAGGAGCAAGUUUUUCCUUGAGCUGUUCAAGAAAGACAAAGAGAGUAGUGCAAAGUCUGAGAAGAAACCGAGGUACCAUAUGAAGGAUUUGUUGAAAUAUGGAAGUGUGAGGCGCGAGGCGUUUUUGCAUUUGUUGAAUUACAUCUACACUGGGAGGCUAAAGCCUUCUCCUUUCGAGGUUUCGACUUGUGUUGAUACAGUUUGUGCUCAUGAUUCUUGUAAACCGGCCAUCGAUUUUGCUGUUGAGUUGAUGUACGCUUCAUAUGCUUUCCAAAUUCCGGAGCUGGUCUCGUCAUUUCAGCGGAGGCUUUGUAACUACGUUGAGAAGUCACUAGUCGAGAAUGUUCUUCCGAUCCUCUUAGCUGCGUUUCACUGUGAUUUGCGUCAGCUUCUUGAUCAAUGCAUAGAGAGAGUGGCGAGAUCAGACCUAGACAGGUUCUGCAUCCAAAAGGAGCUUCCUGUCGAAAUAUCAGAGAAAAUCAAACAGCUCCGAGCUAAGUCGGCGAACAGCAUCACCGAGGAGGCGGAUAAGUCGCUAGAGAGAACCGAGAAAGUACUCAAGGCACUGGAUUCAGACGAUAUCGAGCUCGUGAAGCUUCUUUUGACCGAGUCAGAUAUAACUCUAGACCAAGCCAAUGGUCUGCAUUACGCAGUGGCGUACAGUGAUCCGAAAGUUGUGGCAGAGGUUCUUGCUCUAGACAUGGCUGAUGUGAACUUCAGAAACUCCAGGGGUUACACGGUUCUUCAUUUCGCUGCUAUGCGUAGAGAGCCGUUGAUUAUCAUAUCACUUAUAGGCAAAGGAGCUAAUGCUUCGGAUUUGACGUUUGAUGGACGCAGUGCGAUUAACAUAUGUAGGAGACUCACUAGGCCAAAAGAUUAUUACACCAAAACCGCAAAGGGGCAAGAAGCUAAUAAAGACCGCUUAUGCAUCGAUCUCUUGGAAAGAGAAAUUAGAAGGAAUCCAUUGGCUAGUGGUGAUACACCUUCUUGUUCCCAUUCCAUGCCUGAGGAUCUCCAAAUGAGGUUGUUAUACUUAGAAAAGCGAGUGGGACUUGCUCAGUUGUUCUUCCCAACAGAAGCUAAUGUAGCUAUGGACGUUGCUCAUGUUGAAGGGACGAGCGAGUUCACAGGUGUUCUUGUUCCACCGCCAUCGAAUGGUGCAACCGGAAACUUGACUCAGGUCGAUUUGAACGAGACGCCUUAUAUGCAAACGAAAAGACUGCUUGCUCGUAUGGAAGCGCUUAUGAAAACAGUUGAGACAGGUCGGAGGUAUUUCCCAUCUUGUUCUCAGGUUCUUGAUAAGUACAUGGACGAGUAUAUGGACGAAGACAUACCUGAUAUGUCUCAUCCGGAGAGAGGCUCUGUGAAAGAGAGAAGAUUGAAGAGGAUGAGAUAUAACGAGCUGAAGAACGAUGUUAAGAAAGCGUAUAGCAAAGACAAAGAGGCCAAGAUUGCUCGGUCUUGUCUUUCUGCUUCGUCACCAGCUUCUUCUUCUCUUAGAGAGGCCUUAGAGAACCCAACAUGA